AUGCCGCUGACCGAGGAGUAUCUAGAGCGGCCGCAGCAGGGCAUCUCGGCCAUGUGGGGGCGCUACCUGGAGAGCGGAGAGUACUCCGACUUCCUCGUGUCGUGCGGCGACCGCGAGUUCCACGUCCACCGCCUGGUGAUCUGUCCUCGGUCGAGCUACUUUCGCCUGAUGUGCAAGGAGAAUUUCAAGGAAGGCAUCACGCAGCGCCUGGACCUGGUCGACGAGGAUCCGGACGUGUUCCAGUCCGUGCUGACCUUCCUGUACACCGGCAUCUACGAGACCGACAAGAUCUCGGGCUGCGCAGAGAGCGAAAACACACUCGCCGAGGGCAGCUGCGGCUCAUCCGACGACUCCGAAAAUGACGAGGCCAACCAGCAGCAUCAGGGCCGGCCCGCCACCACCGAAGACAUCCUCGCCCACGUCCAGAUGUACGCCAGCGGCGACAAGUUCGACAUCCGCGACCUGAAGGAGGUCGCGUCCAAGAUGUUCCGCAACCACCUGAACCGCACGCCCGUCGACGAGCUGGACAUGCCCGCCAUCAUCCGCGCCGUGUACACCUCGACCCCGCACAACGACGCCUCGCUGCGGCCCGUCCUGAUUGAGUACUGCGUGCAGAACCUCAGCAUGCUUCUCCCGCAGCCCGAGAUGGCGGAGGUGCUUUCCGAGUUUGGCGAAUGCGCCUUUGAGCUGCUCCGCUCGUACAAGGACGAAGCCGACUUGCGGUCGCGCAAGGCCGUCGAGGACCAGCGCACCGCCGUGCUCGAGAUCAAGAAAGCCGAGUCGCAGCAGCUGCGCGAGUCGUUGGCCAAGCUGCAAAAGCGCGACACACAUCUGAUGGAGAUGCUGGCCUCGCAUCACAACUGUCGCAGCUGUGGCAAGGUGUUUGGCUCGACCCCGCAGGUGUACGGGCCGAUGAGUGAUCGGGUCAUGUUGCGCUGCAAGGGGUGUUAUACGAAGCAUUCUUAA